AUUAAUAAAGUGAUGUUAAGAAGAAAACGCGGUUCACUCACACACAAUCAGAGAGCCAUGGCUUUCUGAUUGUGUGAGCAGCGUCCUCUCCUUAGCUUAGAUACUACUCACAAAGUCCUCUCCUUAGUUAGAUACUACUCACAAAAAAAAAAUAUAUUUUAGAUCUCAUGUGUGUACCAGUCCUUUAUACACACUUCAUAAAAAAUUGAAUACGAGUUUAGUUAAGUCUGGUGUCGCCGCAUUACGGCAAGUAAAGAAACAUGUAUCAUAUAUUGUAUCCUUUUUAUGUUAUCUUUUUUGACAAAGCAAAAAGAUGUCUGAGCAUCUGACGCGCAAGUAUGGACUGCAUCAGAAGCCCAGUCAAAUUCAAAUCUGCGUCCGUUUAAUUUUAUAAUAAUAUUACGCCAUUUAUAUAUCGGCCGUGACUAUAGUUCUGGUGUGAAUCUUUUCAGUUUUUGAAAAUAAGGCUGUGACGUGGCAAACUUACAUGGCGCUGACAAGUGUUAUGGCGUCAGCGAGGCAAUUUCUAUCAGGAUAUUUUGAUAUUAAAUUGUUCUUUCUCAUUUACAGAGAUAAUCCACUUAAUCUUAUAUAUAAUUAUGUUAAUAUGUACGAUCUUAAAAUCUCUAGAAAGCAAUUUGAGCAAGCCAACAUCUCUCAGAGCAUUCGUACAAUUCGACAGUCAAUUCACAAAAAAAGUAAACGACAUUUUUGUGACAUUGAGAUGGAACCAAUCUGAAUUUACCGAUUUACAAGGAUAUACAGUGCAAUGUUUUUUCAUCGAGGACUUAAAAGAGAUUCAAAUCUGCGACGAUAAAAAUAUCACAACUACAACACUGGAGCACACCGUGCACAAUCUUAAACCUAAUAGGACAUAUUAUUUCCGAGUACGUGCACAUACUGAAGUUAUUGCUGGUCCUUACUCGGAUUUAAUCGAUGUAUCAACUACGCAUGAAAAUCCAAUACCUAAAUUAUUAUUAGUAACGGAUGCUGGCCUCCACAUAUUGGACUUAGAUUCAAAUACUAUUAAUAAUCUCGUUGAACAAUCGGAUAUAGGAGAUGUCGCUUACUGGGCACAAGAACAUAAAAUUUAUUGGAUGCACGAAAAUAAUCUAAUGACAUUGGACAUUACUGAAAAUAAUAUCACAAAAAUAGCUAGCUUUAGUUUUGAGCUAUAUAAUAACAUAUAUCUUUGCAUUGACUGGGUAGCAAGAAAUCUAUAUAUAACCUAUUAUGGUGAGAGAAACUACUCUUUCAUUGUAAAGUUCGACUUAACAAUGUGGGAAAAUGGCAUAAUUAAAUUUGAUGAGAUUUUCAAAACAAAAGAAACUCUUUUUCUUCACCAUUUAAUUGUAUCAUCGUCUAUGGGAAUUUUAUAUUACACAUCAUACAAUUGGACGAAUAAAAAAUAUGAUAUGAUAAAAUAUCAUUUUGAUGGAAAAAACAUGCAAAUUGUUCAGAUAAAUUCAUCCCUUUGUCAAUUUCCUUGGUAUUAUAUGAAUCAUAUGAUAAUUGAUAAUAUGAAUAAUGAGGAACCAUUAAUUUACUGGAUAUUUGCUUCUCAUAUAACUGUCACAAACAUUAACCUUUCUAUGUGCAAUACGAUUUUACACACAAAAAACGUAGGUGAUAACAUCAGUUUCAAAUCUAUGACGAUUGACAAAACAAACAUUUACAUUUUAGUGUAUAAUCGGCUUCAACAUACUCAUCAUAUCUACGUUUCAAAAAAGAAAUACUCAAGUCUCAAGAGCGUAAAUGUAGACGAAUAUGUUGAAAAGAUAAUAAUAGACUCAGAUAAAUAUUCUAUAGGUAGAAUUUACGCUAUUGAUAAAUCUUUACAACCUUAUCCUCCAAUGAGAUGUCUGACACCUUACGAAAAAGGUUAUAAUUUUGAGAAUGUGAUUGCAACGACAAACAGCAUCAUUGUAAAUCUUCCGGAACCGGUUGUAAAGAGUGGAUGCAAAAAAUAUAAUUUACCAACUACUAUAUAUAUUAUCUUCGUAAGCUGUUUAAACAACAAUUUCAACAAGUCUGAGAAAUUCAAUGUGCAGACGUACGAGCGGUAUUAUGAGAUUCAGAACUUAAUACCAUUUACAGAGUACAAGUUAAAGUUUACUUUAAGCAAUUUUUAUUUUGAUCAAUUAUUGAUAAAUCCAUUCGAUUCGAAUGUGAUACCAAUAAAAACUAAUUUGGGUAAGCUUAAUGCACCAGAAAACAUAAGUGUUGUAGCUUUGACACCUACUACAGCAGUAGUUCAUUGGAUGCCACUCAAAAAACUGACCUGCGUGGCCGUGACCUACGAAGUGCUUUGGAAGUCAGUUUCAUUAGUGAACGGCACGCAACACAAGAGCAAACAAUUUAUCAAUGUGCCGAAACGUGUGACAGACGGUAGAUUUUUCACAAAGAUUAAUUUGUCGCUAUUAGUACAAGAUUACUUGAUAUACGUGCGGGUGUAUCCAAGUAAUUUUAGCGAUUUCUACAACGAGAGUUUAAGCAAGAUUAAUCACAUAUAUUCAGAACCAAACAAUAUUACUUUGAGUUGGGUCAAUAUAAAUAGCAUGAACAUUUCAUGGAUUUCAAACAUUAAUCUGACGGUUCUUUCUACACUAGAGUACAAAGACAUUGUAACAGAAAAGUGGGAAACAACGAAUUAUAUUGAAAUGAAUUAUAACAAAGAAGUAAUAUAUCAUAUCGAAAAUUUACGAUCAGGAACUUUAUACCAAUUUCGCUUGAUAUUGAUAUACCUUGAAUAUGAGGAAACUUUUAUAUGGCCGUCUGAUAAAAGAUUUAUUUUUUCAACACGUAGUAGCAAACGAGAUAUUUCGAGCACUCCUGGAAUAAUACCGAAACAAUAUUACUUAUUAUUAUUGAUGUUAAGUUUUAUCGUUGUAAUUAUUAUAAUUUGCAUCUGCUACUAUUAUCGUUUGUAUCGUCAACGCAGAAGUAAUAAUGAACAAUGUUUGUCUUCAACAAUGACCGAUAUAGAAUUGAAGAUUCUACAUGAAAUACCUUGCCAAAACAUUCAAUUCAAUAUGAUUUACAGUCCUAUGUUACAUUAUAAUCCGGAUAAAUAUGAAAUCACCGAAAUCAAACGUAAACAAAUUACACUAAUAAAACUUCUUGGUAGCGGCGCAUUCGGAAUGGUAUUUCAAGGAAAUGUGAAAAACUUAGAAAGAUCAGGCACAGAGAUAUCCGCUGCAAUAAAAGUGCUUCGAAAAGAUGCUUCUUCCUAUGAGAAAAAGAAAUUUUUAGAAGAAGCCAGACUUAUGAAUCACUUUCGACAUAAACAUAUAUUAAGAUUGUUAGCCGUUUGUUUAGAUGGAGAUUCGCCGUUACUAGUGUUGGAAUUGAUGGAAACUGGUGAUCUGUUAAAAUAUUUAAGAGAUUGUCGAACUUUGCAAGCGUCAGAUUCGCAUGCACUGCGUUUGCAGGAUUUGCUCGCCAUGUGCGAAGAUGUUGCUCGAGGCUGUUGCUACUUGGAAGAGUUGCGUUUCGUACAUAGAGAUCUUGCGUGUCGUAAUUGCUUAUUAUCUUCGAGAAAUCGCGAGGACCGUAUCAUCAAAAUUGGAGAUUUUGGUCUAGCUAAGGAUAUCUACAAGGAUGAUUAUUAUCGCACGAAAGGAGAAGGUCUGUUUCCUGUUCGUUGGAUGGCACCGGAAUCUUUGGUGAUCGGAAUAUUUACUUCUCUAAGCGAUGUUUGGUCAUUUGGGGUAUUAAUGUGGGAAAUUACAUCAUUGGGUGAACAACCUUACAGUGCCAAAACUAAUGAAGAAGUACUAAAUUAUGUACGUGCUGGAGGCAGGUUGCCGAUGACUCUUAACUGUCCGUCAAUGUUGUACCAGUUAAUGCUGUGUUGCUGGAGUACAGCGAAUACCAGACCAAAUUUUAAACUUUGUCUUAAAAAUAUUAUAGCAUUAAGAAAGAACAUAGAAGAUGCCUUAUUGAGUCCAGUCGAUACUUUUUAGCCCAUAUAAUUAAAUUAAUGUUUAUCUUCUGUU